AUGUCUCAAGAAAGUGCAACGGUUCAUGAAAACAGCGAACCAAAUGAAUCAGGCAGCGAAUGUGAGAGCGUAGUGUGCAAACGAAGCCGAAAUGCAAUUUCAGAAGUGUGGACUUAUUUACAGCGAUCCAAGGAUAAAACGCGUGCAAAAUGUUUGUCUUGUGAAAAAGUAUACAAAACCAGCGGCAAUACCUCCAAUUUGUUGGACCAUUUAAAACGCACACAUCCUGGUUACAACAGAAUGUCGAAACCAAAUAAAAUAACUUCAUUUUUCAAUGCAUCAGAAACGUAUGACUCGCAUUCGGCUCGUAAAAAAGCACUUGACAGUGCACUAAUGAAAAUGAUUGCCAUAGAUUACCAGCCUUUCCGAAUCGUAGAAGACGAGGCUUUUUCCGCUUUCGUCAAGUUACUAGAUCCGCGCUAUGUGAUGCCUAGCAGAACCACGUUGCAGAAUGUAAUGUGCCACGAAUUAUAUGAUCAAUCAAAAGCAAAUCUUAAAAAUAUUCUUAUGAAAGUAAAUACUUGUGCUAUUUCUACGGAUGCAUGGACCUCUCGGGCAAACGAGAGUUACUUAACCGUAACCUGUCACUUCAUUGAAAAUUGUAGCUUAAGAAGCGCAGUAUUGUCUACCUACAAUCUUUUGGAGAGUACUAAUCAUUCGGCUGCCAAUAUUGCCGAGUCCUUGCGAAUUGUACUGACGGAGUGGGGCGUUUUAGAUAAAGUUUCGAAUGUUAUCACCGACAAUGCGUCAUCCAUGAUUAAAGCAUGCGAAUUGUUGCAAAAACGACAUCUUCCGUGCUUUGCUCACACAUUAAAUUUGGUUGUGCAAGAUGUGUUAGCUUUUGAAAAAGUCAAAAAUGUGAUAACGAAAUGCAAAUAG